UAUGCAUAUAUAUACAUAAAGUAAUCGAAAUUUGUCAUAUUUACAUAAUGCCUUGUCAUUCUCACAUUUGGUCAUAUGUUCUCUUCUCUGUAAAUCUCAUAAUUUUAUUCAUUUUACAUUUUACGUUACUUGCCUUCGAAAUUAACACGAUUCAUAUUGAAUCAUAAAAUGUCUGUCUUAACUAGAAACAAAUUUCGAAAUAUUCUGGUAAAGUACUUAUUUAACACAUGAUAGGUCGUGGAGGAGUUGCACUAACACAACAAUUAGCUAGGAGUACUAUAUCAUUAUAUGAUACCCCUGAAUAUCAGUAUCUGCAUAUUAGUAAAAUUCCAACAUUGCAUUUUCAAGCAUCCUUACCACAAUUACCAAUACCAAAGCUUGAAGAUACAUGUAGGAGAUAUUUGAAUGCACAAAAACCUCUAUUGAAUGAUGAAGAAUUGCAAUAUACAUCUUCCUGCGUUUCAAAAUUUCUUCUGAAUGAAGGACAAAGUUUGCAAAAGCAGCUGAUUCAUGAUAAUGAACAAAAUCCACAUACCAGUUACAUUAGCGAACUAUGGUUUGAUAUGUAUUUACGAGAUCGCAAGCCUUUACCUAUCAAUUAUAAUCCUUUUUUAAUUUUUAUACCAGAAUCCGAUCCAAAAUAUGAUGCACAAUUAGUAAAAGCGACAAAUCUCAUUGUGUCAUCAUUGAGAUUUUUGAAAUCUCUCAAAAAUAACGUUUUAGAGCCAGAAGUAUUUCAUAUGAACCCUGAAAAAUCAGAUACUGAACUAUUUCGCAAUGUCACAAGAUUGAUUCCAUCUCGUUUUAGCUGGUAUGGUGCUUAUUUAUUUAAGGCUUUUCCUUUGGAUAUGUCGCAAUAUAAAAAUCUAUUCAAUACAACUAGAAUACCAGAAUUGGAGAAGGAUGUAAUCUUCCAGGAUUCUUCAGCAAAACACUUAGUUAUACUAAGAAAAGGUCAUUUUUAUGCAUUUGAUGUUUUAGAUGCAAAUGAUUCCAUUCGUAGUCCUAGAGAGAUAGCUGCAUGCUUAAAAGCCAUACUGGAAGAUGAUAGACCACCAAAUAAACAUCCAGUGGGCGUUCUUACGACAUCAGAAAGGGAUCAAUGGGCACAAGCACGUUCACAUUUAGUCAAAACUGGGAAUAUGGAAAUUCUUAAGAAAAUUGAUUCAGCUAUAUUUGUAAUGAUCUUGGAUGACGAAGUUAUUGGUACUGAAAAAAACAAAUUACUUAGAACAUAUUUACAUGCAGAUGGUACCAAUCGGUGGUUCGACAAGUCGUUUUCUCUUAUUGUUUCUAAGGAUGGCUACAGUGGAAUUAAUUUUGAACAUUCAUGGGGUGAUGGUGUUGCAAUACUUAGGUAUUUCCAGGAUGUGAAGGCUGAUAUAUCUAAGAAACCUAGAUUUCAUCCUAAUGAAGUAAAUGAACUUAUAAAAGAAAGUGUAAAUAUUGAGAGACUACAAUUUUCUAUAGAUGCAAAGAGCGAAAAUAUUAUUAAUCGACAAAAAACGAAAUAUCAAGAUUGGAUCAAUCGAUUGUGUAUUGAUUAUAUAAUAUAUGAAGAAUUCGGCAAAAAUCAAUGUAAGAAAUUCAGAGUAAGUCCAGAUGCCGUGAUGCAGCUGGCAUUUCAAUUGGCAUUGUACACUCUAGAAGACAGAGUGGUACCAACUUAUGAAUCUUGCAGUACAGCUGCAUAUAAACAUGGCAGAACAGAAACCAUAAGACCUUGUACAUUGGAAACUAAAAAAAUCUGCUUCGCUAUGACUCGAAAACAAACUGAGUUCUCUAAAUCAGAUUUAAAAAGAAUGAUACUCGAUUGUAGUAAAGCUCACAAUGUGCUUACAAAAGAGGCUGUAAUGGGCCAAGGAUUUGAUAGACAUUUGUUUGCCUUGAGAAAGAUUUCAGAGAAAUCAGGUUCUAUUAAGCCAGCCAUUUUUCAAGAUCCAGCAUACGAAGCUUUAAAUCAUAGUAUAUUGUCUACAUCUACUUUAUCAAGUCCAGUUGUACAGGCAGGUGGAUUUGGACCAGUAGUACCUGAUGGCUAUGGAAUAGGAUAUAUGAUUCAAGAUAAACGGUUGGGCACAAUUGUAACAAGUUACGAAGGCAGUCGUAAUGCCAAUAAAUAUGUACAAACAUUGGAACAUGCAUUCAAGAGCAUUCAUAAUGUGCUGUGCACAUAAGCGUAUUGCGGCUAAAUAUAUUUAGAUAUUUUUUUUUUUAAUCAUUGACAUUAUAUAAUUAUCACAUUAUACAUAUAUAUUAUACAUUUACACAAGAAAAUGCUUACAAUCAUGUUACCUAUAUCAGAGGUAAACACAUAUAUUAUAUCUACAUUUUUUAAAUAUUAAACAAAAAGCAAAGCAAAAUGAGCUAUCUUUGAUAAGAAGAAACUUUUAUAUACAAUUGUUGAGAAUAAAUAUUUUUAAUAUUUUUUGUACACAA